AUGAGCUCGGGAAGUCAGGGGCGUUGGAGGGAAGAAGAGGGAGCGAUGGCGGAAAGGGAGAGGGCGAGCUCGGGAAGCCAGGGGAGAUGGAGGGAAGAGGAGGGUGGGGCGAGGUCGGCAAUGGAGGGAGGGAACUUGGAAGGGAACAUACAAAUCCCUCCAGGUUUCACAGUGAGAAGGGUGGAGCAGGGAUUCCAUGGAGAGGAAGAACAAGAGACGCAGGGUAGAGGAAGAGGAAGAUACCGAAAGGAGAUGGGAGCAACAAACCUGAGUUGGGAGAUGGACAGGGCAGCGGCGGCGAUGGAGAAAGGGCUGUGUUUGGAAGAGGAAAGGCUCAACCAGGAAUUUGGGCGGCCAAUAGUGGAGACUGCCCUUUCUCUUGGGCCAACCCAACAAGUCCCUUCAGCCCAUCAAGAAAUACCAGCCCAAAGCCUGAAUCAAGCAGGCCUUUUUUUGAGUGCUGAUUAUCAGCACACACAAGAACUAGGGGAGGAAGGAGCGGGCCGCAAGCAAAAGAAGAGGAAGGGGAUGGGCCUGGUUGGGGGAGAUAGGCCCAGGGCCGAAUUGGGAGAAGAAGAAGCCUUCCAAUUUGGGCCAGCAGGUGGAUUUGAAGUAGGAGGGCUUGGGGAUGGGACCAAAAAGAAGAAUUUGAAGGUAAAAUCUCUGAACCCUAACACCUCCAAGGGGAAUCAACAUGAAAUCAAUCAAGAGGGAAGAGGGAAGAAGAAUAAGGCAGCGGUGGUUCGCCAGAAGCCACCUCUUCAAGAAUGA